GAUCCGGUUCCGGUCUAGUAACUUGAAGCGAACCCGAAAAUACUGACCCAUCCUGCUGUACAGGGUGCUUUUGCGGAAGAUGUAGUAAGCGUCGGAAUGGAGCAGAACAUUUUCGAUGUAUCGGAUGACAUUUCGUUUCCGUGGUUGCCGGCGUACGCCGAGGCAACGGAAGCGAGUCCACUUAACACCACCAGCAGCCGGAUGCUGGAGACGAUCGUCGAGGAAACAUCCGACGAUGAUGAUGGGCGCGGCGAUAAGGACCAGGCUGGCACACAGCAACCACUCAGCUGGUCCCAGUACGAUCAUGUUUGGAGUUCCGGCGGUUCAGACGCCGAGUCGGUGAUACGCGUCGAAACUCCUUCCGAUCAAGACACAAUGUCCGAGCGCGACUUCAUCUGUCCUCCGAAGCGUCGCAAGCAGGAGACAUCGUUCGGCGAUGAGUUUCUUGCUUCCGAUCUAUCUGCCAUCUACGGCAGACGGCCGCGCAUUUGCGAACCGGACGGACUGGAAGCGAAUGAAUAUUUCAUGAAGCGACACAAUGAACAAAGGUUGCGAUUCGAUGAGAUUGGACAUGAUCUAUUUACCGACUCGGAUAGUCUCUCGUACGCGUCCCUAAGCCGCUCCUCGUCGCUGAUCCAGUUUGAAUCGUUGGAACGGCAGCUACAGAAUGAGACAUCGGUGAACCAGCAUCCACUGUCCGGUUCAUCGCCGUCGCUCUACACAACCGAACCGAAUACGGCCACCAGUCCGGGCGGGUAUCAUGGUGGUGACACAGCCCGGGGAAAAUCGGUGGCAACCGCCAUCAAUGGUGGACCGGCUGGCAGCAAUUUGCUAACGACAUCGAACCUCAUCCAGAAGAGUAUCGCUCAGACGGCACUCAACAUCAGCGACUCGGAGCUCUACUCGACGUCUUCCAGUGUGAGCAGUACCGGCAGCUGCAGCGGUCCGGACAGUAGCAGUAACGCGAGCACGAGCACGAGCAGCAACAGCAGCAGUAGCAGUGGCUUCCGGUAUACCGAUAACCGUGUGGGUGCCGUUGAAGAUCGAUUGGUGGAGGCUGAUCGUGGCAUUGGCGGUGGUACAACGACACCGGAAGACACUGGUGACACCGAGGAGGAACUACUGAGCGCUACUGUUCGUUGUCAUUCGAGUCGCUGCUCUGAACGACAGCGGCCAAGUGGUCGGGGCAUUUCGGCCCGCAACAAAAACUCGAUUGAGAGCCUCAGUGAGGAUAGUGGAUAUUGUGAUCAUUUGCAGCAGCACGGUGGAGGCAGUAUGAAUAGUGGUGGUGGACUGCGCGCCCGCUCCAAGAGCUUGACCAACUUUGGUUCUGCCGAAAACAUAACGUUCGUGUGCGGUAAUGGUGGUGGGAUGUUUCCGUCAACACAGCAACACGAGCAGCAGCAACCGCUUAGCCUGGACUGUAUCGCGAUGGAAGUGCGCCACGUGGCCACGAACCACGAAAAUCGCCUGUCGACGGUUUGUGACGUCGAUGAGGAGGAGGAGGAGGAGGAGGAGGAGGAGGAGGACGAAGAAGAGGAAGAUGAUAGCGAUGAGCAGGAAAAGAACAGUGACGAUGGAUGCAGCGUGGAUGCCAAUUGCAUCGUCCCUUCACUAACACCGGCAACAAUUGAUCGGCAGCAUGCGCCCAAACAGGCGCAACUGUGGACGAAUAUUAAUAAUGGUACAAAAAUAGAGCACGCUGGCAGUUCGUGUAAACAACGGACGUUGGGCGAAUCGCGUCAGCAGCAGCAGCAGGGUGUGGAGUUCACCCCACGUACGGUGACAUCGAUGGCGUCGUCUUCGGCGGAUUCGGAGAUUAAAAAUAGCACACCGGUCGGUCGUACCCGAUUGCGACCGUUACUGUCCCUUAGUGCACCCGAUCUGCUUGUAGGGGCGGCGGUGGAUCGACAGCGACGACACCGGCGGCGACAAAACGAUGAACGGACUCCGUCGGCAUCAUCGGGCACGGUCGGACUGUACGAUCCGAUCAGUUUCGCCGUGUCCAGCGUACCCGAGUGUUUGAACCUGUACGGUGGUGCACCUUCGAACCGAUCGCGACACGGUUCCUUUGACAGUGAUAGUGCGUCCAGUGAAUUCCUCCGACACGGUUACGGUUACGCCGGUGCUUGUGGCGAGUCCGUCGCUAGCAAGAACUUUAAUCUGUACGAUCUACAGCAUCCACAGCAGCAGCGACCGUACACCACCGCACCGGUCAAGUGUACCAAAACGGUAACGUUCCAAACGGGAAGCUGCACCAGUAGUCCAUCCCGCCCGAAACAGAACAUUCGCGCCAGUUACGCAAACCUCACCGCCCUCAACUACAGUGACGAGGAGGAGGACGACCCGGUGUACGGUGGCCGACGGGGGCAUGAGUACUAUCUGAGCCGUAACACGUUCCGUACGAGCAGCGGCACACGGCUAGGUGGUGGAGGAAGCCGCACAUCACACACGACUGUCCCACGAACGACCCUGCUAACGGUGCCAAUGGACCAUCACCAGCGAGGCCCACUGCCGGAGAAGAUGGACGUGGGCGUGGUGGUCGAGGAAGAACUAGCGGACGAUGAGGAAAGCAGCAUUUUCCCGGUAGAUCGAGACGAGAAGAGCGUGUACCACUCGCUGCUGGAGGAGAUGUCGGCACACUUUGACCGCAAUCUGUCCAUCAUCAACGAUCAGGCAGCGGCGUACGAACCAAUCGCGGCCUUCCUGCACGAACAGCGCUCUUCGGCGAAUGCUUCCGGUAGUGCGCGAACACAUGCCACCCUCGGCACUAUCACACCACCGCAAGCUCCGCCUCGUCGAACGCAGAUCAAAACUAACCCACACCUUCCACAGCAAAGCACGGGAAGUCCAGCAGUUCCGCCCAAGCUAACAGUGGUGAAUCCAGUGACAACCGUUGUAACACCACCACCCCAAUCAGCGGGAACAGCACGCCGAAGAACCUUCGAUCAGGACCCGACCAAUUUGGUCACCUGUUACGCGGCUAGCCUCGAGCGUUGUACCUUCGAUCCGACGGAAUCUUCCACCACUAGCCUCGGUCCGACGAGUGAUCUGCAUACUAAUGGUGGUGUUGCGUUGCCCAGAUACGUGCCAGUUCCGGUGAAGCGUGAGUUUGUCGCAAGUACACCGAACUUGCACUACUACCACGGAACGAUUGCGGACAGCGAGGGAACGGACGACAGCCGACCGGAUCAUCACAACUCGCUGCGGAAUGUAUCGACCUGCCGGUCGACUGGCAGCAUACUAGCGACUGCUUCCAGUUCGCGCUGUGGCCUGUCGAAAGGUGUCAGCUUCUGUCCGAUCGUAUCGGAAAUUAUAUGGAAAAGCACGGGCAGCUCUGAUCUGGAGCCGGACGAUAAUGGAAGCGUCAUUUCGAAUCAUGACUUUGAGAUUGACAUCGAUGAGGAUGAUUUCGAAGCGGACGAUAUGGAUCAUGUGAAUUUGCAGUUGGAAAACAGUCGGCUAGCAGCUGCUGGUGAUGAUCGGCAUGCGAAUCCACUACCUGCCGGCACGCGACCAGAAGACGAACGAAGUCAACGAAAUAAUGGUGUGCCAGAACGGGAACAUACGCUUAGUGAUCGAGGGUUUUACUCAAAUGGUUUGCAGGCCAAGAAUAAGAGUGAAGGUGAACUAUAUGCGAUGAUCCGUGCAGAGGACGGUUAUGUGCAGCAUCCAACCACACUGAUUGCCAACGAUCGUACAGAGUCGCUACAGCUGCACAGUGCUAAUGGUGCAGGUCUAGCGAUGACCUCUAGUGAUCUAUCAUACGCCGGUGAUUUAUCUAGUGCCGGACAAGCGAGCCGGAACAGAAUGAUGAGUGAUACAAAUGGUGCUAGUGUAGUGUUGGUGGCAGACGAGCGCAGAAAUGGUGGCUCCAACAGUAAUAAUGGUGCAAUGGCGAGCAGAAGCCUAAUUGCUAGCGAGCAGACGCGUUUAGUGAACAGUAGUGACAAUGUGCAGGGUAUGCAGGGAAAGAGCGGUUCGGCGGCCACACUGCCCGCCCAGUACACCACCAACAGCAGCCUGAUAAAGAACUUCAAAAAUGGCAAAGCGGAAAAGAAGGGCAAAACCUUCCUGUCGCGCAUUUCGUCCGGCUUUCGGUUUUCGUUCCGCAACAAAUCAAAGAAGGGUGCGGGUGGUGGUAUGCUGAAGGAAUCAUCAAGCUUUACCGCACCGUCAGCGGUAAACAAUAAUAACAACAUCAACGCAAAGGUUGGUAGCCGUGGUGGAUCGAGCUCGGGGAAUGAUAGUGCAUCGGCCGAUUUUAUCUACAUUCCGCUGAAGGAUCCUCACCGCAAACAGAACCACCACCGGUCGGACGAACCGCUCCCGGUCUCCUACCUUCAGCGCCAGAUCAGUGCGGCCGGUGUGACGGUCGAUGACAGUUUCACCGGUGUGGAGGACGAACCGGACGACUGUGAGAUAGCGGUGACGCGGCCAGGAGGUUACUACCGAUCGGAUUCGAGCACCGCACUGAACGGGGAGAGUGGGACGGGCGUGGCCGGCGAGCAGCUACGUGGCGGCACAGGCAACCACGUGUUGAGCUCCAAGCCACCGCUGCCGAAGCAACCUCCGCGCGUCGUCGGUGUGUGUGCGAAGCGUUCCAGCACCUCUCCAGCCUCGCUAAAGCACGCACAUGCGCAGCGUGCAUCCUCGACGCCACCGAGGGAAACCGAACAGGACGAGCUCGACUCGACCGCGACGUCGGCCACGAUGUCAUCGUCCUACUACCAGCGCCGUAGCCCAUCGCAGCAUCAGUACGCGGCCAACGGUUCAUACGGUGGUUCGUAUCACGGUGGUGCCGAUACGCUAAGCGUCGAAGGAUACGGCGACGAGGACGAGUACUAUUACGGGGCGGGCGGGGACGGACGUCUAGCGCACCGCGGCGGCAGCAUUAUGGGCAGUGAGCAGAAGAUCGGUCUCAUCGAGACCAACCUGGACACGCACGAGACCAUCAUAUCGGGCAAGACCCGUUCGCUGAUGGAGCUCGGCGGUGGUCAACACUAUCGGGGUUAUCAUCACCUGCAGCAACAGCACCAGCAGCAGCAGCACCAGCAAACAUCGUCCGGUGUGCCACACGGCCAUCAUCAACUGCAGGUGCACGAUCCCAGCGGUCAGCGGCCAUCGAAUGGCAUCAAGGAUCACCAUCAUCACCGGCAGCCGGGUACGGCCGAUGGUCCCGGCAGACCGCACAAGAGCAUGGAGUUCCUGUUGGACAAGGAAAACCAACGCAAUGUUCUGCCCCCGGAAAAUGAGCUCCAAAAGUCACACGAAACCGGCACCAACCUAAGCGAACAUCAGCUACGCGUGCAGGCCUCACUGCAGCGGCUGAAUAUUCCCGACUGGUACAAGCAAUACUCUGGCAAAGAUGGUGGACCGGCCAACACGACCGCACCGACGGUGGCAGCGGGCGGCGCUGCUGCCGGCGGCGGCAUACUGCGGAAGCGCAAUAGCGACGUUGGACGGUGGACCGGGCUGAGCUCGAAGACGACUUCGCUCAGCUCGCUCGGAUCGCACCGGUCGGACCGUAGUCCAGUGAUGCUGAGCCCCUCCGCACACAGCCACCACGGUCAGACCGGCUUCUCCCGAUGGUCCACGUCCCACCUGAACUCGAACCAAACGUCGCCGAGCGUCUCGACGCGCGGUUCGUUCACCCGGGGCGGGCUGAACGCGAGCGUCAUAUCCGGCUACUCGACUGCUUCCACUACGGCCGGAACCGGUGCCAAUAGUAGUAGUAGUACGAUUAGAAACUCCUUCCGCCAGCCGUACCUUGGCUGGAGAAGCCAGGAGAAGCUGUCCCAACCGAGAACGCCAGCGGAACGACUUGCAUCAUCUCUGCUCCAGCAGCAGGGCACGAACAAACAGAAGGAACAGCAACAACUGAAGGAACAGCAGCAGAAAGGAAAGCAGCAGCAACACCCGCAAAAGGAAGAAUCCGUCGUGACGCCGGAAAUUCAAUCAUCAAUCAUAGAAGUAACGUCAGCGAUUGUACAUUAUGUAAAUGACCAAACAAAUCGACACUCACGCAGUAGAUCUACUAGUCCAAGCCAAAGAUGUUGGCUAGAAAGUUCGUUUGUUGGUACCCGGCCCCUCGAUUCCCCGCAGACGCCGUUGAUCGAGAAUAGUUCCGUUCUAGGAUCCGGCCACCAUCAGCAGCAUCCGCAGCAGCAACAGCAACAGCCGCAAACGGCCGGCGAUCAUUAUCGGUUUAACGCCGGCCGGAUGAAUGGCGUCGGGAUGUCCGGUGGGGUUCCGACGUUCUCGCUACCAUCCGAGCAACAUCAGUCGCCCGGAUCGGCCACGCUAGAGGAUGUGCUCGCCUCGUUGCUCGGCUUGCCGGCCGAUUCACACAGGUCCUCAGGGGGUGUAGCUAAUUCGUGUCUCACGCCAACAGCGCCCAACAGCACCAGCAGUAACCACACGCUGCAGAUCGAACCGAUGCAGGCGCGCCGUCGCAGCGAAGGUGAUGCGGCCGGAACCCGGAAGCGCAACGAUAGUGGCGGCUCGAUGGCCAUCAGCAGUACCACCACCACCACCACGACCAGCGGCAGCACCAACCAGAGCGGCCGUAGCCAUCAGCAGCAGCAGCAGCAACAGCACCAGCAACCCGGUACGACCACGAAGGAUCUGCUCGGGGUGGACUCACGGAUCGCCCGGCGGGUAUCGCUCGAUUCGGCGGAAGCCACCGGCCACCAUCACCGUGGGCACGACUACCUCAAGUGCCGGUACCCGCGGUGCGACGCGACGGCCACACUGGCGGAGGCGCGCAAAACCUACAAGAGCUGCCACAACUGCUCCCAUCUGUACUGCUCGCGCGAGUGCCGCCGGGCGCACUGGGAGCGACACCGGAAGGCCUGCCUGCACUCGCGGGUGUCCGCCCUGUGCCGGCUGGUGCUGUCCACGUGCAAGGACGACGCGGACACGCUCCGGCACCUGAGUGCGCUCGCGCGCCGGGGCUACUUGUCGCAGGGGCGAGGUGUUGUUAGAAUACUGUUCCGCAGCCCGGAAGGCGCCGACUCCUUCAUCAAGCAGGGCUUCCAGUGCCUGGGCGAGGUGUCGUACGUGCGCUGGCCGGACCUGCUGCCGGCCGAGAUGGGCCCGGAGCUGUACUCGGAGCUGCUGAAGCUCAGCACCGAGUACAAGCCCGACUCGAAGAUGCUCAUAUACGUUGCGAUCUGUGUGGUGUCGGAAGCGCCGGGUAGUGCGACCGCACCGGUCAAAUGGGAACGCCAGCUGGUGUCGAGGUGUGCGAAGCUGAAGCUUUGCCGCUCCGUAGUCAAUGAGAUAGUUGCGAGCGGUUCGGGUGCAGAAAAGACUAGCCCUCGUGCCGACACGGUUGGCGAUGUGCUCGUACUGUCAUUUAACAUACUUUCGAAAACGACACAACGGUCCCGAGAGCAGGUGUCGCUUAACAUACAGACGAUCCUGCGCCAACGGGGUGUCAAUCUGCGCAAACACUACCCGGAGGUCUUCCAGCGGCUGGCCACGUUUGUGGAGGGCAGCACGGAUCGCUUCCUGCCGGUGACACUGCAUCCGCGCGACAAUGUCACCGGGAGGUCCUUUGUCUGCAUCAUCAUGCCAAACUAUGGGGACUCGGAACGGGUACAGUUUCCGGUGUCGGAAAACAGUGACGAUCGAGUCGUGACGGUUGAUGUUGGGGCUGAUCUGGGAGAUGAUCUUACUAGCAAACUUUAAAGCUG